AUGAGCAACCGCACAGGGGAUGCAGUCGAGAAUCCUGACGUAAAGGCAGAUGUAUCAGAAUUGGAGUAUGUGAAGGGCAAUGCUCCUGGAAAUGCUGGCCCGACUUUCAGCAUAGAGGAUGAGAACCGCGUCUACCGCAAACUCGACUGGAAUCUGAUGCCCCUGGUCUUCGUCCUUUAUAGUCUAUCGGUCCUUGACCGCUCGAAUCUGGGAAAUGCGAAGAUCGCAGGCAUGGAAGAUGACAUAGACUUGAGUGGGAGGCGGUAUGAUUGGCUUGCUACUGCUUUCUAUAUAGCCUACAUUCUGUCGCAAUGGACGACAAUCGGUUGGAAAGCGUUCCCACCACACCGGUGGGUAGGUGUCACUGUGUUCCUAUGGGGGUUUGUCUCGACUAUUCAGUCAGCAUGUACAAACUGGGCCGGCCUGAUGGUCUGCCGAGUCUUUCUGGGAAUAAUCGAGGCGAUGUAUGGGCCAGGGGUGCCCUUGUAUCUGUCCUACUUUUAUCCGCGUGAGAAACUCGGCCUCCGGACUGGCAUAUUCUUGUCAGGAGCCGCUCUAGCGAACGCAUAUGGGAGUGCUCUGGCGUAUGGAAUUUCCCAAGCCAAAGGGUCAAUCGGACCAUGGAGGAUCCUAUUCAUCGUGGAAGGUGUGCCGUCAUGCCUUCUGGCCAUAGUUGCUUGGUUUUGUCUGCCCGAUUCACCCAAGACAGCAAGAUUUCUGGAUGAACGGGAGCAAGAAAUCGCGGUUGCACUCUCCUUACGACAACCUGGGGAUCGAGAAACCCAGGGUCUGCAAUUGAAGCAAGUGCUGGGAUCCUUGCUUGAUUAUACGAGCUACCCCCCAGCACUAAUGUACUUUGGAUGCAAUGUCUGCUUCGCCUCACUUCCAUUAUUCGUGCCGACCAUCAUCUCUGAGAUGGGGGCUUUCACGACCAUCCAAUCAAACGGUCUCAGCGCUCCUCCAUAUGUCCUUUGCUGGAUAGCCAUUGUCAUCAGUGCAUUUCUGUCGGAUCGCGUCAACUUGCGCGGGCCCUUCAUCGUGGGUGGCGCACUCAUAGCUGCCAUCGGAUACAUUCUGCUAGCUACGCAGACCACGGUGGCAGUCAGGUACUUUGGCCUGUUCCUGGCGACCCAGGUCUUUGUGUCCGUAGCUCUCAUUCUCACAUGGGUUGGUAACACACACGCCACGGACUCCAAGCGCGCUGGAGCCUUUGCUAUCUUGGCUACUGGCGGCCAAUGCGGUCCGAUUUUAGGGACGAAUGUCUUCCCUGACAGCGACAAACCAUACUACCGCAAGGGGAUGUGGAUCUCGUGCGGCGCAUGCCUGAUUGUAGUGGUUAUGGGAUGCUGGCAGAUGUAUCUGCUAUGGCGGGCGAAUCGGCAUCUGGAUAGGGAAUCUGAGCAGAAUGGGGGCGAUUUGAGUGGGAACCAAUCCGAGGGGAAGAAUGAAGCUGACAGGCCAUUCCGGUAUAUUUUAUGA